UGUCCGACGUCAGUUGCCGCGUUUUCCUCGCCCAUUUUUCCUCCGUUUCGCACGUGAUUUACCAUCGGUAUCUUGUUUUACAUGGCGAGUGUUGGCUUUUGCUGGCUUGUUUUGAAAGUUUAGUUUAUUAACCCUCUAAAUUCCUCAAGUAUUCUAAAAAGUGUUUCUAAGGCUUCUUAACGAUGCAGAAUGAGCUUCAAAAUAAUCCUGGAAUGGAAACAGAUGUAAUAGCUGCUGCGUGGGUUCAAGAAGCUGGCAUGACUGAUCCAGCAGAAGAAAUUGUUCAUGCUCAUGAUGAUGAUGGUGGAGAAUCAAUUGACGGAAAAACGCCCAAAACGCCGAAGUCCAAACGUUGGGGAAAAUACUCAAGGAGGUACAAUAAGUCCUGGGAAAAAGAAGCUGAUUUUACUCAGUGGUUGAUGCCUGUCGUUGGGGACGAAAAAUCAGCUACUUGUCGAUUUUGCCGGUGCACACUUCGAGCUCAUCACGCUGAUCUCAAACAGCAUUCUCGUACGGACAAGCAUCAAAAGAACGCCACUAAAUUCACUACGCUGAUAGGAAACUAUUUCUCCAUGAAUUCCAAGGAAGUUUUGACCGCUGCCAAUCAGCUUGUAUCUUUCAUCAACAAAUCUCCAUCACCAUUCCAUGCUGUACAAGCAUGUCGACUAAAACUGAAGGAUGCAGGAUUUGAAGAACUCAAGGAAAAGGAUACCUGGUAUCUUCAUCCAAAGAAGAAGUACUUCUUUACAAGGAACCAGUCCACCCUGAUAGCAUUUGCUGUUGGAGGAAAGUAUGCUGCAGGGAAUGGUUUUUCUAUGAUAGGAGCACACACAGACAGUCCAUGUCUAAAAGUAAAGCCUGUUUCUAAGAUAGAGAAGCAUGGAUAUAUGUCUGUUGGAGUAGAGACUUAUGGAGGUGGGAUAUGGAACACAUGGUUCGAUCGAGAUCUUACCGUCGCUGGACGUGUUUUUGUCAGGAAUGGUGAGAAGAUUGAGCAUCGCUUGGUCCACGUUGAGAGACCAAUUAUGAGAGUCCCUAAUCUGGCCAUACAUCUCAACAGAGCUGUCAAUGAUGGCUUUGCCCCCAACAAAGAAAAUGAGCUGAAGCCCAUCUUGGCCACUAGCAUCACCGCACAGCUUGAGAAAGGUUUAGUGGAUGAGGAUGGCAAGCAAAUUGCAGUGCUUUCUGAGGAGAAUGAGAAACAUUCCUCCAUCCUGAUGAACCUGCUGGCAGCAGAACUAGGAACCGCUGCAUCGGAUAUCAUGGACUUUGAGCUCUGUGUUGCUGACACACAACCUGCAGUAAUUGGAGGAGCCUUACAAGAAUUCAUUUUCUCACCUCGACUGGAUAAUCUCUUCUGCUCGUUUGGUGCGAUUCAGAGCUUAAUGGCAUCAUGUGAAACUCCCAACAGUCUUGAAGAGGAUCCUAAUGUCCGAGCUGUCAUGCUCUUUGACGAUGAAGAGGUAGGUUCAACGAGUGCUCAAGGUGCCCAAUCCUCUGUGGCUGAAUACUUCAUGAGGAGAAUCUCUGCCGGCAGUCACCAGACGGCCUUUGAAGAAUGCGUCCCAAAGUCAUUCCUUCUCAGUGCCGACAUGGCCCAUGCAGUCCAUCCUAACUACCCAGAAAAACAUGAAGAGAAUCACAGAAUUAAUCUACACAAGGGCCCAGUUGUGAAGAUCAACAGUAAUCAACGCUAUGCAACCACAGCAGUCUCAUCAACCAUUCUCAAGCUGAUUGCUGAAACGGUUGAUGUUCCCCUGCAGGAAUUUGUUGUGCGGAACGACAUGCCAUGUGGAAGCACCAUAGGUCCACUCCUAGCAGCCAACCUUGGAUUGAGAACGGUUGACGUUGGCUGCCCUAUGCUUAGCAUGCAUUCCUGUAGAGAGAUGAGCUGCACUUCAGGCAUCGUCCAACUCAUUCUCCUCUGCAAGGCUUUCUUUGAAGAGUUCCCUGCUGUCGAUGAACGUGUUAUUGUGGACUGAAACUGAUGUUGAAGAUACGGAGUGCAAUUGUAUACUGUCGGAUGUCCUAUUUUGAACUUCUAAGUACUGAAAUAGCCGAGAUCUAUAUAUCUAUCAUAAACUUGAUACUUUGUUUACAUUUCCAUGCCUUAAGUUUUCUCAUAGUACAUACUACAUGUAGAAGCAAACAGAGGAUGUGUUAUUUUUUCAAAAGUGGUAUUAAACUAAUCAAAAUGACAUUUGACUAUUUCUACAUUACUAUAUUUCUAUAUACCGGGUACAUGCAGGUAUUUCCUCUUUCUUUGUGUGUUCAGAUGUAAAACGUUACAUUGAUUUAACAAAUGAAAGCAGAGAAUACAAAUGUAUGUGAUUAUUAAACUGCCAAACAGCAUGGCUUGUAUUAGGUAUUAUACAUUU